AUGAACGACCUCCUCACUGUUCUCAUGAACUAUUUCAACACUGUUCUCAUGUAUGACCUCCUCACUGUUCUCAUGAACUAUUUCAACACUGUUCUCAUGUAUGACCUCCUCACUGUUCUCAUGAACUAUUUCAACACUGUUCUCAUGUAUGACCUCCUUACUGUUCUCAUGAACUAUUUCAACACUGUUCUCAUGUAUGACCUCCUUACUGUUCUCAUGAACUAUUUCAUCAUUGCAUUCAUGUAUGACCUCCUCACUGUUCUCAUGAACUAUUUCAUCAUUGCAUUCAUGUAUGACCUCCUCACUGUUCUCAUGAACUAUUUCAUCAUUGCAUUCAUGUAUGACCUCCUCACUGUCUUUCAUAAGCGUUUCAAAGUCUCCUUUACUCAUUACUUCAAUCUCAUGCUGUUCACAAUAGUACUUAAACUCACUGUAUAUGUCUUUGUUGUAUGUUAUAUUGCUUCCCAUGUACUCCAUGAAUUUUUCAAGCACUUCUCAUAA